UUCCUCUGACUCAUCCUUUCAUCCCCUCCCCCUUCUGUUUCUCCUCUCAUCUCGCUCUCAUUCUGUUUUCCGCCUACCCUCGCUCUGUUUUGCCUCUCUUCCGCAGUUCGACACUUCCAGGCUUGCCUCUCGCAAGGCUACGCGCACUGACGGCAGGAUGUCCAUCGUGAGCAUCAUUGCCAGGGAAAUCCUGGACUCUCGGGGAAACCCUACAGUGGAGGUGGACCUGAGAACUGAUAAAGGUCUGUUCAGGGCUGCGGUGCCCAGCGGAGCAUCGACAGGCAUCUAUGAGGCUCUGGAACUCAGAGAUGGAGAUAAGAGCCGUUACAAGGGCAAAGGUGUACUGAAGGCUGUUGGUCACAUUAAUGACACUCUUGGACCAGCCAUCAUUGCAUCUGAGGUCAGUGUGGUGGAGCAGGAGAAACUGGACAACUUGAUGAUUGAAAUGGACGGCACAGAGAACAAAUCCCAGUUUGGUGCUAACGCCAUCCUGGGAGUGUCUCUGGCCAUCUGCAAGGCCGGUGCGGCAGAGAAAGGCGUCCCUCUGUAUCGUCAUAUUGCUGAUCUGGCAGGAAACACAGAGCUAGUGCUGCCAGUUCCUGCCUUUAAUGUAAUCAACGGAGGCUCCCAUGCUGGAAACAAGCUCGCCAUGCAGGAAUUCAUGGUACUUCCUGUGGGGGCGGAGUCAUUCCGUGACGCGCUGCGUGUCGGAGCCGAGCUCUACCAGACGCUGAAGGGUGUCAUCAAGGAGAAGUACGGCCAAGACGCCACCAAUGUCGGUGACGAGGGAGGUUUUGCUCCAAACAUCCUGGAGAACAGCGAAGCACUUGAGUUGAUAAAGACAGCCAUAGACAAGGCCGGGUUCACAGAUAAAGUGGUGAUCGGGAUGGAUGUAGCCGCUUCCGAGUUCUACCGCGACGGGAAGUACGACCUUGACUUCAAGUCCCCUCCAAACCCAGACAGACACAUCACCGGCGAUGAGCUGUUAGAGAUCUACCAGACGUUUGUCAACGAUUAUCCAGUGGUGUCCAUUGAGGACCCGUUUGAUCAGGAUGACUGGGCCGCUUGGACUAACAUGACGGGUUCAGUGGGGAUCCAGAUCGUGGGCGACGACCUGACCGUGACAAACCCAAAGAGGAUAGAGAAGGCUGCGGAAGACCGCGCUUGCAACUGUCUGCUCCUGAAGGUCAACCAGAUCGGCACGGUCACAGAGGCCAUCCAGGCAUGUAAGCUCGCUCAGGCCAACGGAUGGGGCGUGAUGGUCAGCCAUCGCUCAGGAGAGACAGAAGACACUUUCAUCGCUGAUCUAGUGGUGGGACUCUGCACUGGACAGAUAAAGACAGGAGCUCCAUGUAGAUCUGAGCGCCUCGCCAAAUACAACCAACUUAUGAGGAUUGAAGAAGAAUUGGGUGAUCAGGCUCGUUUCGCCGGGCACAAUUUCAGAAACCCUAGCGCUCUGUGAUACUGACAUCACCACACCGAAAUCACACGAAAAAAACUACUGACAAACAGAGUAUGUACUGCACUGAACCGACUGACUACCCCUGACAUCCCCUAAAACCAUUCAAAAUGCAUCAAAACAGCACUAUUUGCACUGAUAUACUAAAAAUGACUUACUCAGACACUCAAAAUAUAUAUUUAAACUAACCUGGACUGAGGACAGGCUUUGAUAGACCAAAUAUUAUGCACAGCGGAUCCUGGACAAACCAACAUUAUGCACAAGUGAUACUGAAGUACUUGACAGGAAAAACAUGUGCACAGGGUGGACAUGCAUGCGUAUGAUAUAAAAUGGACCUUGAAUUUAACAAGGCAAAGGCUUUGUUGUCUAAAAAAGAAGGAUUUAACUCAGAUGGAAUAAAAGUAGAGAUUUAUUUUAAUCAGGUGUAAUCUUUAAAUUUAAGCUUCAAUUUAGAUGUGAAAUAUAUGUAAAUAUAAAAAUACUAAAGCCACACUAAAGAAAUCAAAUGUAAUUUUUAUGGUUCAUUGCAUGAGAACUAGGCAAAAAUAAUAGAUUUUGGAAAAUGGAUGUAGAAAAAUGAAAUAGUUACGUGAAUAUUUAUGCAGCUGUGGGAUUUUCAGUGGGAAGACGCCGACAGUGAAGUAUUCAGAUAUAUAAGGGACCAGCAUUUACUCUAAAAGACAGUUUACUAAGUAGUUUGCCCAGGGCAUUAGAUGCUUUUUAUCAAACAAUACUCUCUCUCUCAGAUGCUGUUUUUUAUGUCCAUCUCUGACCCAAAAGCAUGCUGAAGAAAAUCAAAA